UUGAAAUAUUAAACUCCCAUAAAGUGCAAAUAAUGCAAAAUUAAUUAAGUAAAACCGUAAAGUUAUAAAUGUCAUUGUUACGCAUAAAUAACUUUAAAACACCUAUCUCUUUCUUCAAAAGGAUUUUGCCCAGCAUGGAAUGAUUAUGAAGGCUUUCCAAAUAUUUGCGAUAUGGCUCUUCAUGGAGGUCAAAUGCAGCCAUGCCAUGGUGCACCCUCUACCCAGCCUUCCUAUAGAGCUUCAGGAAACAUUGGAUACUUGUCAGUCAAUCGGAGAUCUCAGCAAGCAAUCAGGUCAACUGGUACUAUGGUCAUCCAUCCAACAGUACGUCUCCAAAUUUUUUGUUUGUGAUCUAAACUUGACAAAACCAGAAUCCAAACUAUUUGAAUCUGCCAUGUACGAAAUAUUGACACCUUUAAUGGACAAUAAUUCAACGUACGCAAGACAGAAACGUCAAGCAGCUGUCAGAAUAAGGUACGAGAUUCGAACCAUACCGGUCAGUGAACGACAAAGAUACUUCCGGGCAUUAAAUGAAGCAAAGAAUGAUAGGAGAUUGACACCAAACGUUUAUGACGUCAUCGCAAGAUUACACUCUGGCCAAAAUAUACGCCGUGCUCAUAUUGGUCCGGCAUUUGUUGGUUGGCAUCGACUUUACUUGUUCAUAUUUGAAUCCCUGUUGAGGUUGUGGUAUGAUCCAGAAGUUACAAUCCCUUAUUGGGCAUCAUAUUUGGACGAUUUUAUGUUUGAUCCUACUCAAUCACCGAUAUGGAGCGACGAAUUCUUUGGAAACGGAUUCGGUAAUGUUAAUAGUGGACCUUUUGCAGGAUGGGGAAUUAGACGAAAUAUUGGCGGCGGCCCUCUAAUGUCAUUGGCUGCAGUUAAUAGAGUAAUCAGUCGAAACUUAAACGAGGAAAUACUGUUACCAUUAGCCAGGUUUGACAGCAAUUUGGAACAAAUCCAUGGUGGUCCGCAUAAUUUUGUUGGCGGAACAAUGGCUAACCUAAACAGGGCUGCGUUUGAUCCGAUAUUUUUCUCACACCAUUCAUAUGUUGACUACGUUUGGGAACAGUUUCGAGUACGACAACGUGCUAGUGGCACGAAUCCUGAAACGGAUUACCCAUUCGUUGCAAAUGACCCUCGUUACCGUGUUGAACAUGCACCUGACGCUAAUGCAGGUUUCACAGACGUUGGUGGAAGUCCAACGGUUCUUGGUCUUCAGCUUUCAGCUCUAACACAAAGGAUCGGGUACAGUAACGCAUUUUUUGACUUGGUUCAGUAUCAAGAAAAUCCUGCAUGUCCAGACUGCGACGGAUCACCAUAUUUCUAUUGUGAAACAAGCAUGAAUGAGUGCGUUUCUUUAACAAUUGAUGAAGUUGCAGCAACGAUUGGAAAUACAAAUGUACAAACAACAACACAAGCUAUACCAGCCGCAACUACUGUUGAUAACUCGCUGACUGUCAAUAAUAAUCUUCAAACCCCCAUUGAUAAUUCACAAAAUCCGUUUGGUAAUGAGCCUGUCAACAGCAAUCUUCAGAACCCAGUUGAUAAUUCACAAAAUGCGUUUGUUAAUGAACCUGUUAACAAUAAUCUUCAGAACCCAGUUGAUAAUUCUCAAAAUGCCUUUGGUAAUGAACAAUUUAUUGAUAAUAAUCUUCAAAAUACUAUUAGUCAACCCCCUGUUGAUCAUUCUCAAAAUGCCUUUGGUAAUGAACAAUUUAUUGAUAAUAAUCUUCAAAAUGCUAUCAAUCAAGUUGAUCAUUCUCAAAAUGACUUUGGUAAUGUACGACAUGUUAACGAUCAUCUUCAAAAUGAAUUCGGUAAUUCUCAAGCUGCCAUUGUUAAUCGACAAACUGUUGUUGAUAAUUCGUUUAUAGAUGUUGGUCAUUCACAAGCUUUCAAUGAUAAUCAACACAGUAAUAUUGAUAACUCAAACGCUGUCAUUGAUCGUCCUAACAUUGCAGUUGAUAAUUCUCACUUUGCCAUGAAUAACGUACAUACAACUAAACCGCCACCAACGACAAGAGGUACACCAGUUCCGGAAACAAAACCUCGAAGUAAAUAUAUACCUCGACCUCGAGGCAACUGUGGAAGAUAUGAACUUAUCCAUGAUGUUAAUAUGAAGGAAAUGACUGAUGCCGGAGAUUGGGCUUACAUUCCAUUUAACGUCGUCUCUAAGAGACCCGAUACGAUCAUCGGAUUCGAUUCGUACUCGCUGUACAAACCUAAAAACGCAUGGGCGAACGAAACAUUACUUGGCUAUAAGUAUGAAUUUCUAAAAUCUGGAUACCAGUACGAAUUUGAAGGUUGCAAUAAUAGGCAAGGUGCUGUCGGUAGAAUCAGUGUCGUAUCCUGGGGUAUUAACUACGAUGGACACGCGGAAGAAUAUGUAGUUGUCGAUAACAGAUUUGGUGUGUCGCAAGGUAAUGGAUUUUUACCUGUAAGAAAACCGACAGCCAGUACUCCAUCCGAGUUUAUAGCCGCAGCGUAUGACUCUUGUGGCAGGGUUUGUAAGCCUUAUCUUAAUUCUAAAGUAUAUGGUAGUAUUAACAUGAAUUUUGGAGGAGGGUUUAAAGUUACGAGUGAAAGCCCUCAUCAGUACUCGAAUUCUUACGAAGAAGCAAUGCUCGGUAUAUGGGAGGUGAAUUCUCCUACAUACAGCCCGAUCAUAGAUUAUACCGAUCUGCCCAUAACAUUUUUCUGUGAGUACACCAACAAAUGGUUGUGGGAUAAGCCAGCACCGACAACCACAUCGACAACUACGACGACGACCACCACCACCACCACAACAACGCUUCCCCCGACAACAAAACAACCGGCUUACCAACCGAAAGUGAAUAAUGAAAAGGGAAACGGCUGGAUCAAAUUCCUAGCCCAAAAAUAUGGAAAUGGUAAGAAUACUGGAAACAACUACAUUGCCCAAAAGCCAGUUACUUAUGGAGAACGAAUUUCAAACACAUGCGUGGUGGCUACAGACUGUGUAAUUGACGUGCCGUGUAGAGGGUGCAGUGACUUUGAAUAUCAGUAUUGUCGAGGGGAGAAGAAGAUUGCCAUAUGUACAUACGGACAAUAUUCUGUCACGGCGCUUACGGAAGCCUCCUCUGAAAUAGAAAAUAUGGAAUCCUUGCAGAACGCCCAAAACGGCAAAAUACAAAAUGUUACAGGCUCGGUUUGAUUGAGCCUGUCCAUUGGGCGGUAGUGGUAAGUAGAGGCUACCGUCCAAGCCCGUGGCACAGGCUUAAGCAGAAUUCAACAUUUAACAAUGGUGAAAUUUUGAAUUUAGAAACAUCAGCAAAUGUGUUCAUACGGCGGUUAUCAUAGAACCGGGACAACAUAUCUAUACAAGUAAUCAUACUGUAUUCAUAUAUACCGGGACAACAUAUCAUUAUGGUAAUCAUACUGUAUUCAUAUACACCGGGACAACAUAUCAUUAUGGUAAUCAUACUGUAUUCAU